CGUGUGAGCAAAGUUUGGGGCUGUGAUUUUCGGAUGCACUAUUUUGUGCAAACUUGCGAGAUUCCAGCACAGAGUAGAAGAGCUAGCUGGUGUGGAGAAGCCAGCCCGGAUAAGUGUUUUUUGAGUUCACUGCAUGAAGCUGGGAAAACACUUUUCGGGACCGGUUGAUGACUUGUCUCGGUGUUUAGUAGUCCCCCAGGUAGUGCACGGCCACUCGACACAGAGCUCAAGUAGCUGGUUAGCCUGCUAGCCGUAGCAUUAUCCAUGUAGUUGGGGAGCUAGCUAGCAGCACUGAGCAGCCUGCCUUCCGCCGACGUGCACUUCCCCCACUCUCCCUCCAGCCGGCUCGCCGCAGCGUUAGUCCGGUACAUAAAAUGAAGCGACCAUCAGCGUUUUGGGAAGCUGUGUGGCUGUUUGGAUUUUGCUGAUGUAUGAGGAGACGAUAUUGUUUUUGUGAGAUCUCUGUCAAGGAGGUCAAAAUCAGCACGGGGGAUGGACGAGCAGAAAUCAAACUGCGAAGAAAGUGAGUCUGAACCAACAGCUGAUGACAAUGCCCCUGCAAAGCAGCUUGUCUCCUCUGAGGGGGAGUCUAAAGCCCUUCCUGCUGCUGAAGACGUGUCUGGUGUUACUGCAGCCUCUUCCAGCACACCUGUAGAGAGUGUUCGAGCAUGCACGCUUUGCAACUGUGUGGAGCGUAGCCUACAUGGACAGCGGGAACUGAGACACUUUGGGACAACUUCUGAGCGGCCGACCCUCAAGCCAUCAGCUUCCCCACUGCCACAGCCUGGGAAUGAUGACCUGUCUUCCAUUGGAUUUUCUGACUCUCCCUGUGUGGCGGCGCUCUUUGACGACUCAGGGGGAUUUUGGGUUCAUCAUUGGUGUGCGGUGUGGUCGGAGGGAGUGAAGCGGAUGGAGAAUGAGGAGCUAGAGAACGUGGAUACGGCUGUUAUCUCAGGGACACAGCGGCUUUGCGAACACUGCAAAAGGCUGGGUGCAACCAUUCAAUGCCAUGCUGAGGGCUGCUCACGGUUCUACCACUUCCCCUGCGCGGCAGCGAGUGGAUCUUUCCAAUCCAUGAAACAGUUGGUCCUCCUCUGUCCGGAGCACAUAGACAAGGCAGAGGAGUUGGCGGGUGAAGAGGCUUGGUGUGCAGUGUGUGACUCAGCGGGGGAGCUCACAGACUUGCUGUUCUGUACGGGUUGUGGCCAACAUUAUCAUGCUGCCUGUCUGGAGAUUGGUGCCACGCCCAUUCAGCGGGCAGGAUGGCAGUGCCCAGAGUGUAAAGUGUGCCAGACUUGCAGACAACCAGGAGAAGACUCCAAAAUGUUGGUAUGUGAUGCCUGUGAUAAGGGCUACCACACCUUCUGUCUCCAGCCAGCCAUGGAUUCUCUACCCUCAGACCCAUGGAAAUGCAGAAGGUGUCGCGUAUGUACGGAGUGUGGUGUCCGUGGACUUGUGCUGCCAGGUUUGGCCCAGUGGUUUGACAACUACGCCGUGUGUGAAGGCUGCCAGCAUCAACGCAGCUCUGUGUGUGGCGUGUGCAGCAGAGCUGCCAAUCCAUCUGUCGCUCUGCAGUGCUGCAGCAUGUGCCACAGGUGGGUGCACAGUGAGUGUGCUUCACCAGGGGAGCUUCCAGAAGCCAAGUGCAUCUGCCUGCUUUGCAAGCAGGACCAUCAGCAGCUGCCUGUCACUCAAGCAUCCAAAGCAGAGAUACAAACCAGAGAGGCAUCUGAGGAGACUGAAGGACAUGUACAUUUGGUGGAGAUGACAAUCCAAACUGAUGCAGAUAUGACGACAGAAGAGCAGACGGACAUAUCUGAGGUGACACCAAGCGAGAGAGGCACAUCAGUGAUGGGUCAGGCUGAAGCCUCGGUUGACAAAGAAACACCCAUGGAGUUGGGGGUGGAGGCUGCAGUUGUUGAGACUACAGACGCUGGGGUAACAACCAUGGAGGAGGAGCCACAGGUAGCAAAAGAAGAAUUAACUUCUGCGGUGCCUGCGGCUCCACCCAAGUCUACAGAUGUAGAAUGUGCAACAACCGAACAGGGAGCCUCUUGUCUACCUGCUGAUGAAGAGAGAGUAGAAGAGGCAGUUAGCCAGGUGACCCGAGCUGCACCUUCCCAGGACUCCAUAGCAGAGAUGCAGUCUACCAAGCCUAAAGUAGAACCAACACCAGCAUCAGAGCAGGGCCCUGAAAAUAUGGAGGUGGAUAAGCAGGAGGCCAGUCCUUUAGUGGAACAAGAAGCAUCACCAGAGUUAUUAAAGGAUGGAUCUGACAGCGUGCCUAUGACAGAACCUUUCAGUAAGGCUCCACCAAAGUUAUCAGCUUCUUCUGCCUCUGUGGUCAAAACAGAGCAUCUGCCCAUGUCUGCUCAGCAGGAGAGAAGUCCAUGCCAGGACCCCCAGUCUCCUCUGUCUUUAUCAGGAGACACACAAGAGGCCCUCUCUGCUGUGGACAUGGAGGGGAGGCUACUACCUCACUCAGAGGAGGAGGACGAAGAAGAAGAGGAUGAUGAGAACUUGAGAGAAGGGCAUAUUAUAGACAUCAAGCAGGAACCGCUCGAGCAUGAGGCAAAGCCAGAAUUGCUGCUGGAUGAGAUGUCCAUUAUGAGCCAUGGAGAUGAGAGCAGCAGUGGCUUUCUGGGCUCUCCUGGAGAACCUGAUCCUCAAGGCUCCAUGGAGUUCGGCCUUAUACCUACUGGACGCUCACACACAGAUAACCUGCUCACAGAGACUGAUGACUCACUUCCCUUUGAACCCCUGAGAAGUGACAGAGAGAAGGUGAAACGCAGAGGAUCCCCAGGCCGCUCACGGGUCAAACAGGGGCGAAGCAAUAGUUUCCCGGGGAAGCGUAGACCUCGAGGGGGUAGUGGAGGGAGAGGGCGCGGUGGGAGGUCACGCCUCAAAGCCAUGGCCUCUUGCAUCGAUGCCUUCUUGCUAAGCAUGACUACAGACACUGGAAUAAAUAAGGAGGAAGAAGAGGAGGAAGAUGACACCAUGCAGAACACAGUGGUUCUUUUCUCAAACACUGAUAAAUUUGUCCUGCUCCAGGACAUGUGUGUUGUGUGUGGCAGUUUUGGGAAGGGUACGGAGGGGCAGUUACUGGCAUGUGCUCAGUGUGCCCAGUGUUACCAUCCUUACUGUGUGAACAGCAAAAUCACCAAGACGAUGCUCCGCAAGGGCUGGCGCUGUUUGGAAUGUAUUGUGUGUGAGGUCUGUGGAAAGGCUUCUGACCCUUCCCGUCUGCUGCUGUGUGAUGACUGUGAUGUCAGCUAUCAUACCUACUGCUUGGACCCGCCCCUGCACACCGUACCCAAGGGUGGUUGGAAGUGCAAAUGGUGUGUGUGCUGCGUACAGUGUGGUUCCAGCUCACCGGGUUUCCACUGUGAGUGGCAGAACAACUACACCCACUGUGGCCCCUGUGCCAGCCUCGUCACCUGUCCAGUAUGCAGAGAGAACUUCAUGGAGGAGGAGCUGCUGCUGCAGUGUCAGCACUGCGAUCGAUGGGUCCAUGCUGUCUGUGAGAGUCUGUACACAGAGGAUGAGGUGGAACAAGCUUCUGAUGAGGGCUUUGCAUGCACAUCAUGCACCCCAUAUGUUCCAAAACCUGUGGUAGUAGAGUCAGCCAUUAUGGCUUCCAUAAAGAUCAAAGAGCCAGAGCCCCAGUUCUACCGGUUGGAGGGUGUAUGGUUGACAGAAUCAGGAAUGUCCCUGCUUCGCAGCAUCUCCAUGUCUCCCCUGCACAAGAGACGGCAGCGUCGCUCCCGUCUUGGCACCCUGUGUUGUGAAGGAGGUUCUGAUGGAAUGGACCUGAGGGAGGUUGACGGAGAAGGGGAUGAUGGAAAAGGCUGUGGGGAGCCCAUGGACUGUGACUCUAAGAUGGAGAACCCUGGGAGCCCUGACAGAGAAGGUGGUGCAGAGGGAGGCACUGAAGGCAUGGCUGACUGCGAUGGUCUUAAAGGGGGGGCAGAGGAGACAGAAGACGGCAAAAAAAGAAAGAGGAAACCCUACAGGCCUGGAAUUGGAGGCUUCAUGGUGCGACAAAGAAAGUGUCACACACGAAUGAAGAAAGAAUUUUUUGCCCAGCUGGCUGGAGAGACUACGUUAGAUGGACAUCCAAUAGAGAGAACCAUUGAGGAAGGACCUCACCCUGACAUUGAUAACAUAAUGGAUCCCAAACCAGUGGAAGGUGAGGAACAGGCCAAGAAACGUCGGGGCCGCAAGAAGAGCAAACUUGAGGACAUGUUUCCAACUUAUCUCCAGGAAGCUUUCUUUGGAAAGACACUCAUAGACUUGAGUAAGAAAGCUGUGAUGAUACCUCCUGGGCAGAGGCCAGGGGCAUGUUUGGUCCGACCUUCAUUAUCAGCACCAUCAGGGGUCAAAACUACUUCCCCAGAAACUGAGGCCAAGGAUUGUGUGGUGGAAGAACAUGUUCCUGUCAAGCAAGAAGGGGGUGAGGCCCACCAGGCUCAGGGAGAAGGUGCAGGAGUUUCUGCACCAUCCUCAUCUCUCAAGGACCAGGUAUCAACUGAUCCUCAUGACUCUGAUGCAGAAAAAAGUGAAGGUCUUCCGCAAGGGGUGGAGAGUCAGGACUCUGAGCAGUUCUUCCGAAAGGUUCUGGGAGUGUCAGAUGGCUCCUCUUUGGGGGGCAUGAAACCCAUCUUGGAGGGCAGUAAGGGAGAACUCAAUCGUAGCACUCUGCCACAGAGAUCUCUCCUCUCAGGGUCUCUGCCCUCAGCUGGAAUGAUGGAUGCCUUUCCUGGCCUCUCUCAGUCACCGUUCUUUGACAUGCGGGACAGAGGAGGGCUGUUCAGUCCAGAUGGGGGUGAGGAGAGCCCAUGGGCUACUCCUUCAACCCCAGCAACUCCUUCCUCCCCACCAACCCCCACUGAGGCCGAGGGUGAUGGGCUGUCGUAUAACCAGCGCAGUCUCCAGCGCUGGGAGAAAGAUGAGGAGCUGGGUGAACUCUCAACCAUUUCCCCUGUGCUUUAUGCCAAUACCAACUUUCCCACUCUCAAACAGGACUACCCAGACUGGGCUAGUCGCUGUAAGCAAAUCAUGAAGAUCUGGAGGAAGGUGUCAGCUGCUGACAAGGUUCCAUAUCUGCAAAAGGCCAAAGAUAACAGAGCAGCUCAGAGGAUCAACAAGGCACAGAAGCAGGCAGAGAGUCAGGUGUGCAGGCCAAUCAAGACAGAGCCAGGGCGGGUAAAGGGAGAACGGCCCAAUUUACACCUCCAGAUCCCUCCACCUUCAGGCUCUACGUCCAUCUCUUCCCAGCCCAGCUCUGCAGGAAGUCCAUUUCCCUUCCCUCCAGAUUCAGGAUCAUCUUCUGUCUUUUUCUCAGAUGGACCUGUUAAGACCCCAGGGUCAGCUGAAAUCCGGACAGAUCCCUUGGCUAAGCUUCCUCCUCAGUCACCCCAUUCUCACUCCCACCCAACCACACCCUUCUCCUAUGCUGGGGCCAGCCCAUUACAGGCCUCUUCCUCAGGUUAUUCCGCUUCCGGCCCACAGGGUCCUCCUCAGGGACGGCCAGCCAGUCUUGGCCCCUAUGACAUGCAACCAGGAACUCCUGGAACCCCCAGACGGGCUCAGCAGGUUGACCCCUACUUCAGAUCCCAGCUGCAGCAGCAACAGGGUCAUUUACCACAAUCACAGCAAGGCUCUCAAGAGUCCCUUGGACAUCCAGAAAGUCCUCAUUCAAGAGGUGCUGGGCUUGGGGAGUCACCUAUCUUCUCGCCAACCCACAAUGCCCACUAUGGAGACCCUUUCAGAACCCAGCAAGGAAUGGGUCGGCCAGAAUAUGGUUCAUCCCCAUCACCCUCUGCAGUGGUAUCCUCAUCUGCAAGCACAGGGCAGUACAGGGCUGAUAUGAGUGCACCUUCUCCUCGCUCCUCUGCAAUUGGAAGAUCUGACUUAGCCACUGGCUCCCCUGCAGGGAUGCUGGAUGCUGGGGAUGGUUUAUUCAAGGCACCUAUGACACCACGAAUGCACCAAGGGGAAGGUGGGGCACUUCAUCCUGGAGCUUCCCCUAGCCAUCCCUCUGAAGGCUACAGGCAGUCUCCCUCUCACCCUUUUUCUGACCCUCACACUCAGCCACCAUUAACUCCGAGACCGCAGUCAGGUGAUAAUUGUUCUCUUGGGCCCCAGAGACACCCUGUAGCGCAACAGGAACUAUGCCCUAGAGUGCCCUCCAGCCCACAGUCCCAGGGCAGCUCUCAGUCUCCCCACACUCCUGGUGGCAUCUCCAAUGAUGCUUACUCUGUCCAGUCUCCUGCUACCCCUCGUUUCCAGUCUCCAGACAAUUGUUCUCAGCCACCUUCAAGACCACAAUCUAGAGACGCUUUUGCUACUAUCCACAAACCGCCUCGUCCCAUCUCUGUAGCCCCAGAGGGAACUACAAGUUUCAAAGGCUCACCUCAUCCUAACCAACCACCCCCACCCCAUCCCACCAACAGUUCCAUAGGGGAUCCUCUCUCUGGUAAAUUGUCAGCACCUCCUCCCUUCAGCCGCAGCCCUAGCACGGGAGGCUUUCCAAUAACACAACAGCAGAAUCAGAUGGUUCAGGGUCAGCUACAGCAACCACAGCCACAAACUCAACAGACUACAGGGACAGACAGCUUCAGCUCUAAGGGGCCACCUUCCUCUGGAUCUCAAGAAUUAACAGCUGUACGUCCUCCAGACACACCUCAUCAGCCAGCUUUGCCAGUCACUCAAGAAAUGCCUGACAUUUCAGCAGUGCAGGACCCUGCAUUAGUGGGUCUUAGCCCCUCUGAGCUGGAGAAGCACAGACAGCGCCAGAGACUAAGGGAAUUCUUAAUCAGACAACAAAUGCAGAGAAACUCCAUUAGACAAGAAAAGGAGGCGGCUGCUGCUGCUGCUGGCAGCGCAUCUCCUGGCUGGUCUGGAGGAGAGAUGGGUACCUUUCAACAAGACAAAGCCCACAGAGCACCACCACCUUAUCCACAGGAUCGUGUUGCUGUCACUACUGCUGGGGCUCAGGCUACUGUGGUAGGAAAGAUGCACAUGGCUCCUGGAGGCAUGGAGGACAAGCUAAUUCGCCCACCACCUGCCAUCAUGGAUCCUAGUGCACUAAGGCCAUCAGGGCCCACCAGACCUCAGGGCAUGUUUGCCCGUCCGGCAUUCCCUCCUCAGUGGCAGGGCCAAGGUCCAGGUCCAAGGAGGUUCCCUCAGCCUGGCAUGGAGGCUAUGGGCGUAAGACACAAUCUAAACCCUGCUGUCAACAUCCAGGGUAUGGAGGGCAUGGGCAACCCUCACGCCAUGAUACCGGGACAUGGUGGAGAGACUAUGCAGCCUAUGGGUCAGGGACCCCCACCACAGUUCAUUGAAUUGAGACACAACUCACAGAGGUUACCCCUGCGACCCCAGUUUAUCCCCCGUGGACCCCAGCCCAGACCACGUCUCUUUGUCUCACAACAAGAGAUGGCAGCACCUUAUGUACAGCAGCAUCCUAUCGCUCAAGCUGUUGGCAUUCAAGCAGAGGGAGGCACUGACUCACAGUUGGGGUUACAGCAGGGUGGACUGUCAGUUUUAUUGCCUCAGCAGUCUGCAGGUCCAGUAACACAACAGGCCCACCUGCAGCCUCAGGCAGCUACUUUGACUUCCAGCACUCCUAGCUCUGAGCAGCACCAGCUUCCACAACCAAACCUAGUCACAGGACCCCAGUCUGCCACAGUGGAAAACAGUGAAGAACUGCCAGAGCCUGACCUGGAGGGGCUUGGGGAUGCCACUGGGGAUGGAGGUGUGGAGGAUGAGGAUGAUUUGGCUCUUGACUUGGACCCAGACAAAGGAGAUGAUGACUUAGGAAACCUAGAUAAUCUUGAGACCAAUGAUCCACAUCUAGACGAUUUACUUAACAGUGAUGAGUUUGACUUGCUGGCUUACACUGACCCUGAACUUGACCAAGGAGACCCUAAAGAUGUCUUCUCAGACCAGCUGCGGUUGGUGGAAGCAGAAAGUGAAACACCUUCAUCUUCCUCUGGAUCUGUACUUGUUAAAGUGGAAGGGAAGCCCAAGGCAGAGCCAGGGCAAAGGUCACUCUCAACAACCCCUGCUACUGCAAGUGGGUCUGCCUCCCAACUGGCACCUUCGGUAGAAACUGCAGAUAUCUCUAAAGUCAAAGUUGAAGACCGAGGUCUGACCCCUCAGCUCCAGCCUGGACAGACUGUUGUGAAAGAUGAAAUGGGAGAAGCUGUGUCAAUGCUUCUUGGUGGGACCACACCAUCAGCCAAGCCUGCACAACCAGAAAACCAGUCAGCUUCACUCAGUUCUGUUCGAUUAGGGGGACUUCCAUACCCUUUGCCAGGUCAGGCUGAUCCAUCGCCUUUUCCUGCAGCUGCUCCACAUGCAGAUAUUGGUGAUGAUCCUCUGGGGCUGCCUGACGUAGGUGGACAGCACUCCCCUGCUGUAGAUUUGGCAAAGGUAGAAAGUUCUUUGGAUGGUGAAUUGCCUCUUCUAAUACAAGAUCUGCUGGAGCAUGAGAAGAAGGAACAGCAAAAGCAACAACAGCAGCAACAGCUUAGCUCCCUCCACCAGGGAGCCAUGGCACCUCAUUUUCCUGGCCUCCCAAGUCAACAGCCGAACCCACAGGCACCUGGACAGAUAAUGCUACCACAACACCACCGCCCACCUACCCAAGGAAUGAUGGCUCAACCAGGGAUGGUACCCCGUGCUCCACAUAUGUUGCAGCAGCAGCAAAGGCUUAUGGGUCCAGGAAUGGUUCCUCCACCUCACAUGGCCAUGGCCCAGCAGCAAGCAAUGAUGAGAAUGGGGCAGCCAGGAAUGCAUGCAGGUCUCAGUCAACAACAGCAGCCACAACCAGUGGUUAAACAGCCACCUCUGGCCAACAAUUUCUUCCCAGAUAAAGAUUUAGACACAUUUUCUACUGAUGUCAUCAUGGAUCCCAUUGCCAAGGCAAAGAUGGUGGCACUUAAGGGUAUCAAGAGAGUGUUGGCUCAGGAUCCGAUGGGUGGUCCCCCUGGCAUUAACAGGCAACAAGUUUCUCUGCUUGCACAGAGGCUGGCCUCUACUCCAGGCACAGAUCCAAGUCAACUUUCAGCUGGACCUCCAAAGGAGGGAGAAACAAGUGAUCCCACCCAGUCAAGACCUAACCCUCCCCAAUUUGUGCAAGGAAUCAUCAAUGAUGCAGAACAGCACCAAUAUGAAGAAUGGCUUCUUCAUACCCAGCAGUUACUCCAGAUGCAAUUAAAAUUUUUGGAGGAACAGAUUGGAGUUCAUCGCAAAUCACGCAAGGCACUGUGUGCUAAGCAACGCACUGCUAAGAAAGCUGGCAGGGAGUUUGCUGAGGCAGAUGCAGAGAAACUCAAGUUGGUGACAGAAGAGCAGAGUAAAAUUCAGAAACAGCUUGAUCAGGUACGCAAGCAGCAGAAGGAGCACACCAAUCUUAUUGCAGAGUACAGAAGCAAGCAGCAGCAGCACCAGCAAGGCUCAGGUCUUCUUACCCCCGGUCAUUCUGCCCAGGGCGGCCCACCUCACAUGUUUCCCAAGAUGCCCGGCCAGAUGAUGAUGGGCCAACAGGGGACACCAGUAAUGAGCCAGCACCCUGGCAUGGUGCCCCAAGGUGGGAUGCCUGUCAGGAUGCCCCAAGGGCAGCCCUUUAUUGGAGGAAACCAACCCCAGCUCCCUGCAGCUCUUGGAGCCAGUGGUGCCAGGGCCCCGGUUCCUCCUGGGGCUCCAACAGGAUUCUUCCCACAGGGACCUGGAAUGCAGGGUGCAGAUCCCAGGCUUCUCCAAGAAAGGCAACUUCAACAUAGGAUGCAGAUGGCAAAGCUCCAGCAACAACAGCAGCAGCAGCAGCAACAGCAGCAGCAGGUGAUGAUGGGCCAACAACCAAUGCCACACCCAGGUCAACAGUCUGCCUUAAUUGCUCAGCCACAGCCUGGUAUGAUGGGGAACCAACUUAUUGCCCAACAACAAGCAAAAACUCAACAGGGGAUGCUAGCCAAUCAGGCCAAUCAACAGAACAUGGUACAGGUUCCACAAGGAAUGGUUGGAGGCCAGUCUGUUGGUCCACAGCCACAGAACCUUGUAGGAGGCCAUCCCAUUAACCAUGCUCAAGCCAUGAUGGCAGCUCAACCAGGAAUUAUGGGGAACCAGCCAGUUGCACCACAACAACAACAACAGAGGCCUCAGCUGAUCAUGGGUCAGCAGGGAAUGGUUGGAUCUCCAGGUCAUCCUGGACUCAGGGGUCCCCAGGUCCAGUUGACUCCACAACAACAGAACAUUCUGGCCCAACGCAUGCUGGCUUCACAGCAGCAGCAACAGCAGAAUGUUGCAAAGAAUUUGGCCCACCUUCAGCAGCAGCAAAUGGCACAGCAAAGACAACCAACGCAAUUAAUCAGUCAGUCCAACCAAGAGCAAGGACGGCUCUCACAGCCUUCUACACCACAGAUGGGUUCUUCACCUUCAGCAGGAAGUAUGACGCCACAGGGAUCUAUAGACAGCCAAAACGCAGGUCCAAAAGAGGGUGGGAUUCUUAGCCCUGAUACAAGAACGUCACCACAGCAAAGUGGACCAUCCACUCCCAAUCAGUUGCCCCAACAUGUCUCUGCAAAUGACCAUCAAACUGACUUGGGUCGACAGCAGUUACAACAGCAGCAACAUCAAAACCAGGUUUAUAUGACCCAACAACAACAACAGUCAAAUCCUCAGUCUGAGCAACAAUCAGGUUUGGUUGUAAACCAGCAGACUGGUGUGCUCCAGCAACAGCAGCAACAAAUUCCACUCACUCUCCAGAGGCAAGGUUCAGUCAAUGCUGACAAGCCCAAUGUGAUGACCAUUAAAGAGGAAGGAAAACCAACUGAUUUCUUAGUUCAGCAGCAACAACAAACAGUUCAAAAUGCCAUUCAGCAGUCACAAGAUCCCAGUGUCCAGCAGCAGAUCAUAGGACAGAACCAUCCUGGACAGCCACAGCCUGUUGUGAUGGGCCAUAGUCCACAACAGCAAGCCCUCAUGGCCCAGCAGCAAAAACAACAGGCCAUGAUGGGCAUGAUUCGAGCCCAGCAGCAAGGGAUGAUGGCACAGAGGCCUGGGGUUCCACCUGGACAGAUCCGCACCCCUAUCAACAUCCAGGCUAUUAUUGCUCAGAAUCCUCAGCUCCGCAGUCUUCCCCCAAACCAGCAGAUACAGCAUAUCCAGGCCAUAAUUGCCCAGAGACAAGCCCAGCUUCAACAGGGACAGAUGCUGCGGAUGUCAAUGGGUCAAGGCCAGCACGGUCAGUUGAGGCCUCACAUGCCACCUGGACAGGUGCCCCAAGUUGGGCAGCAGAUGUCAAGGAUGGAAGGCCAGCAGAUGCCGUAUGGAGCCAUGGGGAAGCCAGGAACAGUGGGCACUCAGCCACAGUCAGUCAUGUUAGGCCAACAACCUGGUGUUGCUCCUCAGAUACAGCAGGGGAUGAUGGUCCCUGGGCAACAACAGCCGCAAGUAGGGGAGAUGAUGCAGCAACAUAUUAUAAGAGGCCAGGUACCAGUGCCACGGUCCCCCAUGGACCAGGGUCGUAUGGUAAGGCCAACAUCUCCACGCCAGCCAUUAGCCAACUCGCCAGGGGAUCCACAACGGCACACAUUCAACCAAGCUAUGGGGAUGCGCCCACCCACUCCCAACCAGAACCAACAACAAGCUCUACUGGCAGCUGCAGCAAGCCGCAUGCAGGGCUCUCCCUCCAAUGCAUAUUCUCCAAGAGGUCCCUUCGGCAUGAGCCCAGCCCAUCCAGCCUCACCCCAUUCAUCUAAUGUCUCUUCACCUUCCAUAGCUGACAGCAGGGCUGGAAGGGGGAGUCCAUACAGCCAAGUCAAGGUAUCUCCGCUCAGGUCACCUGGAACCAAGAGUCCAAUUGAUUGUCCAGGACUAAAAGUAGAAACUCAGACCUCAGGCCAUGAAACAGCAUCAGUUAUUCCCAAUGGGCCACAGAAAGGACUGCAUGUUCAGCAACAGUCACCCCAGGUCACAGAGAGCCAUUUUCUUCACACACAACAAGGCUCUAGAGAGGGGGAUCUAUGCAAGAUGAACCUGCAGAGCAUUAAACAGGAACCAAGGGAGUUUCGGUGUGAUGGUGCAGGAGAGGGUGCUGAGAGUGCGGGGCCUAUAAAGCGAGAAGUAACAGGCGACAUGGUUACUUCUGGGAACAACGCUUGCUUUAUUAAUACUGGAGACCCUGGGGCUCAAGGCACUAGAUCUGAGACUGGACAGCAACUACUACAGAAACUCCUGAGAACUAAGAAUCUUCAGGUUGGUGCUCAGAGGCCUCCUGAAGGCAUCCAUAAUGAGAUCAAUGGCCACAUCAACAGCAAACUAGCAAUGCUGGAGCAAAAACUUCAAGGGACUCCGCGCAACAUGGAGGACUUGCAGUCUAUAACAAAAAGGGCCCCCGUACAAAAGCCAAAGCGCUCUAAUAAGGCAGCUGGAGACCGUGGACCUAACUCACGGAAAAAGAAUAAGAAGGAAGAAGUUGGAAAAAGUGCUGAAGCCUUGAUAAAACAACUCAAACAGGGUCUCUCUCUGCUGCCCCUAAUGGAACCUUCCAUCACUGCUAGUCUGGAUCUUUUUGCCCCUUUUGGAAGCAGCCCAGCAAAUGGAAAAGCCCAGCUCAAAGGAUCCUUUGGAAAUGCAAUGCUGGACAAUAUUCCAGAUUACUAUUCUCAGUUACUCACUAAGAGUAAUCUCAGCAACCCACCGACACCCCCAUCCUCCCUCCCACCUACACCUCCACCUUCUGUACAGCACAAGCUGCUCAAUGGAGUGACUCCUGGGGAGGAGCUGUCUGAGGGUCAGAAAGACACCGAGCCAGCAGACGUGCCAAUGGAUUCUGUCACAGAAGAGGUGAAAAGUGUAGACAUUCUAGCAGCUCUCCCCACCCCACCACAUAACCAGAACGAGGACAUCAGGAUGGAGAGUGAUGACGAGGAUGCCCCAGAAAGCAUCAUCCCUGCGUCAUCCCCUGAGAGUAAUGUGGGAGAUGAAACACCACGUUUCCCUCACCUGCGGGAGCCUAAAGAGGAGGAGACGGAGAGAGCAAUAUCCCCCAUCAUCCCACUCAUUCCUCGCACUGCCAUCCCAGCAUUUCCAGAAAACAAACCAUUCGAAGGAGCUGAUAGCAAGGCAGUUUCCACAUCCAACCACUGGGAUAAGGCCAAGAGUAACGAGGUGUCUGUUACCUUCACAUUGUCCUCCGCUGCAGCCAAGAAACUGAACCAUGUGAUGAUGGCAAUGGCCCAGCUACUCAAGAUAAGGAUGCCAGUUUCCUAUGAGGUGACUUUCCCUACCCCAAACUCUGACAUGCCUGGAGUGGAUGGGUCUGGGAAAGGACCUGGGCAGUCAGGGGCUCUGUGUGUAAAGGAUGGUGCUUCACCCAGUCAGGAUGACUGGUUAAGGCAAUUCGAUGUGUCUCUACCAGGCUGUACAUUGAAGAAACAGGUGGACAUUCUGGCACUCAUAAAACAGGAAUUCCCAGAGAAUGAAGACAUACCAAUCCAGCACUGUUACACAACCAAGGUAAAUGACUUGGAUGUGCGCCACCUUCCAAUCAUACCAGUGGAAGAAUCUCCACCUCCAUCACCGUCCCCUCCACAUCCUUCCCCAUCUCCCGCAGUUCCAACUAGUGAAGUCGAACCUUCCAAAAAAUCUGCUUCUCCAUCGCCCUCACCCUCCAGUCCUGUCAAUAUCCAGAUCAAGAUUGAGGCUGAGGAUGUUGAACCUCCUCCUGAUGCUGCUCAGACAACUAAUGUCACAGAGUCUGAAGUUGCUGCUCCAGAGACAGUCACUGACCCAGUAACUGCCUCUGCAGUUCCUGAUCCUACUUCUGAGACUGAAAAUAAUCUGAGUCCUGCUGCCAAGGAGGAGGAGUUGGACACUGAUCCAGCACAGCCUCCUAAAGAUUCUCCGAUCACCAUGGAGUCUUCCCCUAAAGCUAUCAAGCAGCGCAGGCCUCUCUCCCCUGAUGAGGAGGUAGUACACCCCAAAGUUAAAAAAUGGAAGGGGAUUCGCUGGAAGCGUCUUCAGAUUGUCAUCACAAUACGUAAGGGUGGGUCUAAGAAAGAGAACAGCCGUGAGGUGGCUGAGCUGAUGGAACGCUUGCGCAUUACUCUACGACCAGACAGGUUGCCUCGGGAUAAACGCAAGUGCUGCUUCUGCCACGAGGAAGGUGAUGGAGCCACAGAUGGGCCUGCACGCUUGCUUAACAUUGAUGUGGACCUGUGGGUGCACCUCAACUGUGCUCUGUGGUCCACAGAGGUAUAUGAGACACAGGGGGGUGCCCUCAUCAAUGUAGAAGUAGCCCUGCGUCGUGGAUUGAGGACUCUGUGUGCAUACUGCCAGAAAACCGGUGCCACCAACAGCUGCAACAGACUGCGUUGCCCAAAUGUCUACCACUUCGCCUGUGCAAUCCGGGCACGCUGCAUGUUCUUCAAGGACAAGACAAUGUUGUGCACCCAGCAUAAGCUGAAGGGCCCCAGUGAAGACGAACUUAGCACAUUUGCUGUUUUACGGCGUGUCUACAUUGAGCGUGAUGAGGUGAAGCAAAUUGCCAGCAUCUUACAGCGAGGCGACCGCAUCCACCUUUUCCGUGUCGGUGGUCUCAUCUUUCAUGCGGUUGGCCAGUUGCUACCAUCCCAAAUGAGCAACUUCCACUCACCCACUGCCAUCUUCCCUGUUGGGUAUGAGGCCACACGCAUCUACUGGAGCACGCGUGUACCCAACAAGCGAUGUCGCUACCGCUGCCGCAUCAGCGAGAAUGAUAGUCAUCCCCUGUUUGAGGUGCGUGUUCUGGAGCACGGCAUGGAGGAUUUACAGUACCGUGACGCUACUCCAGAUGGGAUCUGGAACCGGGUUGUUCAGCAGGUGGCUAAACUCCGAGAUGACACAUCCAUGUUGAAGCUGUUCACUGAACAUGUCAAAGGAGAGGAGAUGUAUGGCCUCACAGUUCAUGCUGUCAUGCGUAUCACUGAGUCGUUGCCUGGAGUGGAGAACUGCCAGAGCUAUGUAUUCCGAUACGGCCGUCACCCACUGAUGGAGCUCCCUCUCAUGAUCAAUCCCACUGGCUGUGCUCGCUCUGAGGCCAAGGUUGCCACACACUGCAAGAGGCCUCACACCUUAAAUAGCACCAGUGUGUCAAAGGCCUACCAAAGCACCUUCACUGGAGAGCUCAACACACCAUACAGCAAGCAAUUUGUCCACUCCAAGUCCUCCCAGUAUCGGCGCCUGAAGACUGAGUGGAAGAACAACGUGUAUCUGGCUCGAUCCCGCAUCCAGGGCUUGGGUCUGUACGCUGCCAAGGAUCUGGAGAAGCACACCAUGGUCAUUGAGUACAUCGGUACCGUCAUACGCAACGAGGUGGCCAAUCGCAGAGAGAAGAUCUAUGAAUUGCAGAACCGUGGGAUCUACAUGUUCCGCAUCAAUAACGAGCAGGUGAUUGAUGCCACUCUGACCGGUGGCCCAGCUCGCUACGUCAACCAUUCCUGUGCCCCCAACUGUGUUGCAGAGGUUGUAACAUUUGACAAAGAAGACAAGAUUAUCAUCAUUUCCAGUCGCAGGAUCCCCAAGGGAGAAGAGCUGACCUACGACUACCAGUUUGAUUUCGAGGACGAUCAGCACAAGAUCCCUUGCCAUUGUGGAGCCUGGAAUUGCAGGAAGUGGAUGAACUAAAAAGGAUAA